AGUGGACUGGAGCACAGAACUGACGACAGCACGAGUCACAAGAUCGAAAUUCACAUUUCCACUGAUCGAUUCGGAGUCUGUGAUGGCAUUGGAGCAAUCGGUUCGUGACGAUUUCAAAACAAGAACGAAAUAUCUUAAGUUCCUGCGGCGCAUAAAGUCACCCAAAGAAGAUAUCGAGGAUGCUUUCGACAAGAUUUGCACCGAUGACGCAAUUUUCAGACGGUUCAGCUGGUCGCCUCCGAAAGCUUCCGAUCCAGCGCAGCAAAGAGAAUGCGUGCAAGAAUAUUCGAUUUUUACUGACUGCAUGUAUGUUAAACACAUCGUCAAAAUGCAGAACCGGAUACAGAGCCUCGUUGAGAUGAGUGCUGCUUGCCACAACAACCAGAGUGAACGUGCCAAACUCGACAGGCAAAUGGCAGAGCUGAAUCGCAAUCUGCAGGAAUUGCUCAAGGGUAUCAAGGGGCGAAGGAGGAAAGCUCCAUCGUUAUCUUACCGAGCGAAGGUGGAUGGGUUCUACUUUCCGUUGAGUACGAUCCAGGAUAUCGAACGGCUGGAGGAAGCCGUGAGGAGCGACCUCGUGGUGCACGAUCAAUAUGUGGAGUACUUGACGGUGAAGAAGCCGUUGAAUAUGGAUGUGGCAAAUUUUUUCUCGUGUCUCUUCACGGAUGAUGCUUUGAUUGGCUAUAAUUACUCCGGAGCGAACAACGUUGGGGAACUAAAGUUACCGAUGAGAAAUUAUAAUAUUUUUACCGAUUGUAUGAUAGAGGCUUGGGGUGAACAGGGGCUAACGCACGAUUCGCUGGAGGAAAAGAUAAAAAUCGUCAUCAGGAAGCUUACUGCCCGACGUCACUCCCUGAAAUCCGCUUCUCUGACCCUCGAUGAGUAUACAGAGCCCGGUGCAGAUCGUGGAUAUAUGUUCAUCACCAACUGCGAGAAAGUACCAAUUCAUUUGGUACACGACAACUACAUCUACCGCUCAAAUUUACACCGACGAGGCCGAAAUAAAGAUAUCCUUUACUGGGAAUGUGCUGAUGACGGAGCGACAAAAUGUCGUGGUCGGGUUAAAAGCAUUGGAGAUGAUUUGUAUGUUCCGAACACCGAAGCAGCAAAUACCGUCGUCGAACUGGAUGACGACGAAGAGGAUGAUGUUCCGAUUCAAUCGAGAGAGGUUUUCUUCACCGUCGGCCAGCGAGGUUGCAUUUUGUUACACGUCGAUGGAUACAAGUAUGUGAAGAAUCGGAAGAGUGCCACCAAAACGUAUUGGAUCUGUGCUAAGAAGGGCAGCACGGCGUGCAGAGCAAGGGUCAUCACAUCGUCGAGCACAGAGAACGAAAAGCUACCGAAGGUUAUUCAGCGCAGUGGAACCCAUAGCCACGGAGUGCACGUUGAGCGUCGACCCCGCAACAGCAUACCGAAAUUCAACGAAGAACCGUUGGGAAGAUAUGAAGAGGAGAACAUGGACCAAAUGUACUACAUCACUGAGCUCAUUGGACCCAAUGUUAUGGGAGAAAAACUGGACAAAAAACCUAAGAUGAAACCAGUGAGAUCCUAUGGCGCAUCCAUUGCUCGAUCGCUGAACUACCAACAACAACUACAGCUGCAACAGGACAGGAAAAAUGAAUCAAACUCGGAAAAUUUUCGACCGAAACUCACUUACACAAGUGGUCGUGGAAACAACGUGCUAAUUUAUGAUGGUCAUCGAUACAUUAAGAACAACUCACAUAGUGGUAAAAUAUACUGGAAGUGCACCAAGUGGCAUAAUGGAUGCAAGGCGCGCGCUAUCACCAACGAACUGACACCGGACCGCUACAAUACAACCGUCUGUGUGCCACCCUCAAGCAUUUCAUUCUCUAACCUAGUGUUUGUAUUUUUAGCUCCGCUGACGGCCGCCCUCCUGCAUCAAUUUCAAUCGCAGCCCCUUCUUGGGCCACCGCCCCACUUCAGCUUCAAGGCAUCGCAGCGGAGCGGCCGGCAUCUGCUCGUCGUGAACGGGGUGACCUUCUUCCGGAACCGGCACCGGAACCACAAACAGUACUGGAAGUGCAACCAGUACUACAAAAGCAAAUGUCCCUGUAUCGUGGUGAUAGAUGAAAUCAACUCGCGCAUGAAUCUGAAACAUUUUCACAACCACGAGAUCGCGAGCGCAAGUCUUCCCAGCGUGGCGGCAGCUUCCUCGUUGAUCGCCGCGGGAACUCUUCUCAACGAGAGCCUUCUCGGAGGCGGCACGAGCGCGAGCGCACACUCGGGUUCGACGCUGAUGCGAGCCUCGGACACGGCUGCCCCCACGUUUGCCCAAACUGUACAGUCGAGAGUAUUUUUGAACAAAAGAGAAUAAAAUGUGUUUGAAUAGGGUAAGGCAGGAGAUAAUUUCUGUCACUUUUUGAUCUCGAAAUCCGAGAUGGAACAGGCCCAAUUUGGUUUAUCGCAGAGAGGAGCGAAGAAGCUGAUGUACUACGGCUAUGAGUAUGUCAAGGAUCGAGACUUUACUGACUCAACAAAUUGGCGUUGCUCGCUGUUUCGCAGACACAAAUGCCGGGCUCGAGCUAUCACGAAGGACGUUAAAGGCGUCACCUACGUGAGGCUCACCAAUGACGCCCACAAUCACGACAUACGUGAAUAUCGCAAAGCACCCAUUCUGAUGCUCAAACAAGAUGAACAAAUAAAGUGAACUAUUUGCUGUGAUUCGUUAUUUUCGUACCAAAUGUCUUCGUACUAAUUGAUCCAAACCGUAUCCUCAUAUCUUUCUUUUACUGACACCAUUUCUCUUCU